AGUUAGGCAUUAUUAGAAAUGGUUUUUUGCGUCUUUUAUGUUUGUGUAUGUUGGGCGUUGGAAAACUUGCUGGCGAAUUACGCUAAUGAAUUGAUACACCCGAGAUUGAAAUAGUUAUUGUCAGCCAUAUGUUAGCCAAACUACAUAGGUAAUCUGUGAGAAUUCAAUCAAUCAGGUGCCAAAGUAAACAUGUCUGAAAAAUAUCAAAGACGAUUGGAAAAAUAACUGUGUUUUGUAAAAAAUUGUUAAAUUUGCUAAAUAACCUAAAAUCUAAUAUGGAUCAGCCGAGUAGUCAUUAUUUACUGGACCCAGACUUGUUGGAAGCAGAGCCAUCUAAUUCUUUAGAGCAUGGAAAGCAAAAGAAAUUUAGUUCAGGAUCAAUAAAUACAGACGUUGCUAGGCCGAAAGUUGUUACAGUGAAGCACCCAGAAUCGAACAAACUCAAACCCACUGCCAAAAAGAACAAGCAACCGAUUCAAGCAGAUCUUGAUGUCUCAAAAGAAUUUAUGCGGUGCAGGGAAGAAAAUGUAAAACGAUUAGAUUUAAGUAAAUCGAAUAUAACACAAUUACCUCAAACAAUAAGAGAUUUGGGUCAUUUAGCUGAGCUUUAUUUAUAUGGAAAUAAAUUAGUUUCCUUACCUGCCGAAAUUGGAUGUUUGACUAGUCUUGUGACUUUGGCAUUAAGUGAAAAUUCUUUGACAUGCCUGCCAGAUUCUCUAGAAAAUUUAAGGAAUUUAAAAGUCUUGGAUUUAAGGCACAACAAACUGAAUGAUAUACCAGAAGUGGUUUAUAAGUUAACUUCAUUAACAACUUUAUUCCUGAGAUUUAAUAGAAUAAGAUAUGUAGGAGAUGAGAUAAGUCGACUUACCUCUCUGAUAAUGCUCAGUUUGAGAGAAAAUAAAAUUAAGGAGUUGCCUGCUGGUAUAGGAAGUCUAGUAAAUUUAGUAACUUUUGAUGUGUCUCAUAAUCACCUGGAACAUCUGCCCGAAGAAAUUGGAAAUUGUGUUCAUCUGUGCACCCUAGAUUUGCAACACAACGAACUUCUGGACAUACCAGAAACUAUUGGUAACUUGCAGUAUCUUUCCAGGUUGAGUUUAAGAUACAAUCGGUUGUCCCAUAUACCAGCCAGCCUUAGUAAGUGUCGCGCCAUGGAUGAGUUCAACUUAGAAGGUAACGCUGUGUCCCAAUUACCCGAGGGUCUGCUUUCAAGCCUCAGCGAACUAACCAGUAUUACCCUGUCGAGGAACAAUUUUUCAGCUUUUCCCUCUGGCGGACCGUCUCAAUUCACCAACGUAGAUUCCGUCAAUUUGGAGCACAACCAAAUCGAUAAAAUUCCUUAUGGAAUUUUUUCUAGAGCUAAGCACUUAACAAAACUUAAUAUGAAAGAGAAUCAGCUUACAUCUUUGCCUUUAGAUGUGGGCACUUGGGUAAACAUGGUCGAGCUGAAUUUGGGAACGAAUCAACUUGUGAAAUUACCAGAAGACAUACAAUGUUUGCAACGCCUCAAAGUUUUGGUGCUGUCCAACAAUCUACUCCGAAGGAUUCCUCCGAGUAUUGGAAACUUGAGAAAACUCAGGGUACUUGACUUGGAAGAAAACCGGUUAGAACAACUGCCCAAUGAGAUAGGACAUCUGCGUCAGCUGCAGAAGCUUAUUGUGCAGUCCAAUCAGUUGACGGCGCUACCCCGCGCCAUCGGGCAUCUGACCAGCUUGGAAUUUCUCAGUGUUGGAGAGAAUAAUCUGGCGUAUUUGCCUGAAGAAAUAGGAACUUUAGAAAAUCUGGAAUCAUUGUAUGUCAAUGAUAAUCCUACACUUCACAACUUACCCUUUGAACUUGCUCUGUGUUCCAACCUCCAGAUCAUGAGCAUAGAGAACUGUCCUUUGUCGCAGAUACCAUCAGAAAUUGUUGCUGGUGGGCCGUCACUGGUCAUUCAGUAUCUAAAAAUGCAGGGUCCUUACCGAGCUAUGUGAUCUUAUUAUGAGUAGAGAAUAUGCAAGAUGAGUCAAAAAGCAGAAGAUGUAAUACCAAGUUCCUUUUUCUUAAUGGAAUUCAAUUCAUGUAGCAUACCCUACAUCUAGCUCAUAUUUUUUAUGAUCAAAAGAAUAAAAACAUUUAAUUCUGAAAUGAACAGGUAAGUAGGUACUACCAGUAAAGUUACAACUAGAUUUCUGUUAGUAAAGAAAGCGGCAAGGGGCAAAUCACCAGCCAAAAUUGGUACAGCAUAUUUCAAGCUAACAUAUGAUAUGAAAGAUAUCACGGAUUUCACAGAUUUCUUA